CUUUCCUUUCCGUUGAAUCGUGAUCACGAUAUGCAGCUCAUUUUGAAUAAAAUUCAUCUUUGGGUGUGGGCCUUGUGCCUUUUCGUAUCGAUGACCUGGGUUCAAGGACGUGUUGGCCUGGGACCCGGAGUGCAGGAGUGGGACUACGUGGAGGUUCGCCAGGGCGCCCACCUCUUCUACUGGCUGCUGUACACCACGGCCAAUGUCAGUCACUUCACGGACAGACCGCUGGUAAUCUGGCUGCAGGGCGGACCCGGCGUGGCCUCCACGGGCAGUGGUGUCUUCGAGCAGCUGGGACCCAUCGACAUCGAGGGCAGGCCGCGGGAGAGCAGUUGGGUGCGGCACGUGAACGUGCUCUUCGUGGACAGCCCCGUGGGCACGGGAUUCGCUUAUGUGGAGGAGCACGGAAGGUAUGCCAGAACCAAUCGGCAGAUAGCUCUCGAUCUCGUCCGCCUGAUGGAACAGUUCCUUGGGCAGUAUCCAGCGUUCCGAAGCGUCCCAAUGCACAUCUUCUCGGAGAGCUACGGCGGCAAGAUGGCCCCCGAGUUCGCCCUGGAGCUGCAUUUGGCCAGGAAAAGGGGUCGAGUUGACUGCCGCCUGCAGUCCGUGGUGGUGGGCAAUCCCUGGACCUCGCCGCUGGACAGCAUCCUCUCGUACGCCCCCUUCCUGCUCCAAAUGGGCAUUGUGGACGAGGAUGGGUACCGCCGAAUAUCGCGGCUGGCCGGUGAGCUGGCUGCCCUCGUCUACGGCGAGAAGUGGACGAGUGCCUUGGAGAAGGCGAACGAAGUGCAGGCGGAGAUCACCGGCAGCACGGGCGGAGUGUUCCUCUACAACACCCAGCGGCGCGUGCACGAGGACGAGGACUACCGGUACGGCGAAGACCCGCAGAUGAGCCACUUCAUCCGCACCAAUGUCACUCAGGCGCUGGGACUCGGCAAAAUGCCCGUCUGGAUGGAGCAAAAUUCCACGGUCUUCGUGCGCCUCGCUCCGGAUAUUUUCAAGCCAGCCACCCAUAUAGUUACCAGAUUGCUUGAGGGGACGUCAAUAAAGGUGGGGAUCUAUUCGGGAAUUCUGGACCUACUUUGCGCCACCCCGGGCACCGUAAACUGGAUCAAUCGGUUGAAGUGGGGCGGCAGAUCUGAGUAUGCGAAGGCACCCCGUACCGCUUUCCGGAUCGACGGAAUGCUCGAAGGCUACGAAAAACACGGCGGACGACUCAGCAUGUUCUGGGUCUAUCGAGCGGGACAUCUGGUGCAGCAGGAAAACCCAGCGGCAAUGGGAUACAUUCUGAAAUACUUUACUAAAUAUGGAUAGUCUACAAGGGUCUUAAAUAAAAUUCAAGAUUUUUCUAAA